AUGGAUCAUGAGGAAGCCUACGAAGGCCACCUCAUGGGAGCCAUCGUCCGGCAAAACAAAACGAUGCUGCUCGACAGCCUCAAGAAAGAUACCAACAUGUCAGAGUUGUCCGAGAUGGACCCAUUCGGCCAGAAGAUGCUGAAUUAUCUUGUGGGAUGGCCUGAAGGCCUACAGAUCAUGGUCGAACACUAUGGCCUUGCCAGCCUCCAGCUACUCGAUCAAAGUCAGUCCACUUUACUUAGCAGCGCUCUCAGCUGGAGUGGGAAGAUAUGCAUAGGCUACAGCCCGCAGGUCUGUUCGGAUGACUGCCCAUGCGCAAACGCCGUUGAUCUACUCGUGAAAGCCGGAAAGGACUCUUCACUCCAAUUCAAUUUGCAUGACAACUGGGUAAAUGCAAUGCUAGGCGCUUCGGUCAAGGCAAGAGACCUGAUCAUAGACGAGCUCAAAAUUCGCAGGGAAGAGCUGAAACAUCUGGGACUCAUGCACUUAACCUGCGAUCAAAUCGAUCGGAUGGACCUCAAGAAAAAGACGGUUCUCGACUACUACACCAGGCAAGUCUUGGAAGCACUCGAUGCGAAAGGCGUUAAUGUUCAUCCCCGUUGUCGAACGGACUUGCACGCCACAGAGUGGCACUUGGGGGUCACAUCCAACGAGCCGAGUGACAAGAUAUGGCGCAAGGGUGCGUCUGUCUAUCACAUUCUGGGCUAUGCAAAAAUCAGCGGGUAUUCCAUUGGUGCCUGUGAACUAGCAGACUCCCUCUAUGCCAAGGGAUUCGGCGACAUCGAUCUCCCGGACAUCAACGGUUUGCCCCUUUAG